GUGUGGGUGAGCUCGAAAGCAUGCGCGUGUGUCAGUGCCUAGCGGUAGCUCUCCAUCUCUUUCGCACUCAGAGUGCCUCCAAGUAAACUCCUCUUUUCCUCUCGGGUGUGAGGGGAGACAGUCCAACGGUAGGACACCUGGACGGCGGGGGAACGGGGAAGAUGCUGGCGACGAUGUUAACUGCUAUGUACUUGGUGGUGCGGUUUUCGGAGCAGCUGGGCCUGCGCUGGGUCCACUCUGAGCCCCUCCCCUACAUGGUGGCCCCACCCACACCCUGGCAGGUCCACUGUGUGUCCCAGGGUCGCCGUAGCAGCCGUGUUGAUGAGAGUGGUUUUGAUCAGCAGAACACUGGAGGCGGAUACAGAAGAAACUCCGCCCACCUGAACAAGGCAGCCACCACCAUCCAGUCCCAGUACAGGAAGUACCAGCAGAGAAGGCACCGGGCCAGACACUAGCGAGGGAGGCCUGGAGCCCAUCGCCAGGCUGGCAUGCAGACUGCUGCCAAACGAGCCGCCCCGCUACAUCCAACCGACCACACGCACGCCCACGGUUAUGAACGGGAACGCCAAACGAUUUCAAGCACACAUACAUACACACGCACACCCACGGUUAUGAACGGGAACGCCAAACGAUUUCAAGAACACGUACAUACACACGCAGGUGCACACACACGGGUGCACACACACGUACGGACACGCACACACACGCACACCCACGGUUAUGAACGGGAACGCCAAAUGAUUUCAAGAACACGUACAUACACACGCAGGUGCACACACACGGGUGCACACACACGUACGGACACGCACACACACGCGCACAUAUACACACCUGCAUGAUGCUGUGAGCAACCAAUAUGCUCCAGAAAUAUUGUUUGAACUGUAUGUACAUUUGCAGUGAAAAAACGUUGUUUAUGUUGUAAUUAAUACCAUGCGAUCUCUGACUUGUUAAUCUCAGAUCUACCUAGUGUGUGAAGCAUCAUUCUGUAUUUGAAUCAUAAUACGGAGAGAGAAAGAGAGAGAGAGAGAAAGAGAGAUCGACAAUGUGCAUGUCACGUUCAAGCCGAUGUGGGAGAAUUAUGCUACAGUGGCGUGAAAAUGUUCAAUGUGAAAUGUGCAUUAAAAACAUUUUAAUCAUGAAUAAUCACUCAGCACAUA